GCGGGCAUCGUUUCCAUGCUGAUCUGAGACACAGCAAACAAGGAAUAUGAACAGGAAAACAAGGCGCUGGAUUUUCCACAUCUUCCUGAGCCUAGGGAUUGUGUAUAUCAAGAUCGGGGGUUUUUCCUCUGUGGUGGCCCUGGGAGCCAGCAUCAUCUGUAACAAGAUCCCGGGUCUCGCCCCCCGGCAGCGGGCGAUCUGCCAGAGCAGGCCCGACGCUAUUAUCGUCAUCGGGGAAGGGUCCCAGAUGGGCAUCAACGAGUGCCAGUUCCAGUUCCGCAACGGGCGCUGGAACUGCUCGGCCCUGGGAGAGAGGACGGUCUUCGGGAAAGAGCUGAAAGUGGGCAGCAGAGAAGCAGCAUUCACAUACGCCAUCAUUGCCGCUGGAGUGGCACACGCAAUCACGGCCGCCUGCACGCAGGGAAACCUGAGUGACUGUGGUUGUGACAAAGAGAAACAAGGACAGUACCACAAAGAGGAAGGAUGGAAAUGGGGAGGCUGCUCCGCUGAUAUCAGAUAUGGAAUAGGCUUCGCCAAAGUGUUUGUGGAUGCCAGGGAGAUUAAGCAGAACGCGAGGACCCUCAUGAACCUGCACAACAACGAGGCCGGGCGGAAGAUUCUGGAAGAAAACAUGAAGUUAGAGUGCAAAUGCCAUGGGGUCUCAGGAUCCUGUACCACUAAAACAUGCUGGACAACUCUUCCCAAAUUCCGGGAGCUGGGCUACAUCCUUAAGGACAAAUACAACGAAGCAGUUCAAGUUGAACCAGUGAGGGCAAGUCGUAACAAGCGUCCGACUUUCCUUAAAAUAAAGAAGCCACUUUCCUAUCGCAAACCCAUGGAUACAGAUUUAGUGUAUAUAGAGAAAUCUCCCAAUUACUGUGAGGAAGACCCUGUCACCGGCAGCGUGGGAACACAAGGAAGGAUGUGCAACAAGACAGCCCAGCAGUCCAACGGCUGCGAUCUCAUGUGCUGCGGUCGAGGUUACAAUACACACCAGUACUCAAGAGUGUGGCAGUGCAACUGCAAGUUUCAUUGGUGCUGCUAUGUUAAAUGUAACACGUGCAGUGAAAGAACAGAGGUGUAUACCUGUAAAUGAGCACGUGGCAGGACAGGCUGACUCUAUAUCCCCGGCCAUGAAUACAUUUGCACAUGCGCUCAACGUACCUACACAAGACUGUAGCAAAGAUCUACUCUCCCAGAAGAAACGCUGAUGAAUGGAUCUCUGUCUUUCCCUCUCACGUUUCAUUGCUUACAUGGAUACACAUUUCAGACUGUUAUGAAAGUCAGCCAAGAAAAAAAAAACCACCCCCCCCACCACCCUGAGCCACCUGACAUAUAAAACAGAGAAAAAGAUCAUCUCAGCUAAUCUGCACCUCUAAAGCGUGAAGCAUUUACUGCCUUGUGAAGAAAAAACUCUGAGCUUGGCAACUGACUCUCUUGAUUUGGAAAAAGAUGGUCAAAAACUUCUGUGUAUAAGGAUCAGGGAGGGAUGGGGCAAAUCUUCAGAAAGGGGCUUUGCACAGGAUGACACGGACAGUGCCCCAUUGUGAAUUGCCUAUGUAAGUGUGUGGAUGAUACAGAUUUAGGCUCGUACACUUGUGAACAGCUUCUGCUGCUCUUGCCCAUCCUUCUACUUCAUACCAUUUGCUACAGCAAGUAGAACUGUUGAAGUUUUCUGUAGACACUGCUUUAUCUGCCUUUUUGUGUGUGUGCGUGUGUGUGCGCGCGUGUGUGCUGCAGAUUUUAGCACAGGGGUUCGGGACAUUUGGGCAUAAUAAUAGCAAUAUUUAACAAUUUAUUCAGAUAAAACUAAUAUUAAUUUAUUUAAUUAAAAAGAACUCUACCAACAUUUUCGGACCUAUUCUGCAAUUAAAGUAGAUAGCUUGCUUUCUUUGUGGAAUAAUUUUGUAGAAAAAGCAAGGAAAAACUGGAGCUGUAUAUAUUAUUCUUUACUGGGAUGUUUCUACUAGUUGGACUUGCAGGAUAUGUUCUACAGUACUAGAUGUUUAAGUACAAAAGCUGGCAUCUUUAUAUAUAUGUACAUACACAAACACUUUUUUUUUUUGUUUUGCUGUUUGCUGCUAGUUGUCUGGAACUAAAAUCAAAUGGUAGGGGUUAUAAAUCUUUACCAGACUCUUUUUUUCAUCAAUUAAAGAAAGAAGCAUUAAGAAAAUCUUGUUUGGAAUAUGUCUAGAAAUAAGGAACUCCAGACAAACUUCCAUCUUUUGGAAAAAACAACCAUAGGAUAAGAGAAUAUAUUUUGUAAGAGACUAUUUUUAUAUAAAUAUUUUAUUUAUACUAUGUCUGCUUGUUCAACCUGUACUUUUUCUCAAAACAGGCAUAUAGUUUGUAAUUCUUAGGCUAUUUAACAGAGAAAGGCUAAUUAGUUGUGGACAGUACAGCAGCAAGCUGGGUACAUUCAGCUGCAACUGGUGGAUGUGUCAGAAAGCAGAAUGAACUUUCGCUCCGGAUGUGUGUACAAACUGGCUCUUUUCCUGCAGUUCAAUUUGCAGAAUAUGCAAAACAAGAACAGGGUAUGUAGCAUCAAUUUUGUCACAUGGCUUGAAUUCAUGAUUGGUAUUAACUGGAUGCUCGUUUAUCCCAUUGAGGAAAAAAAUCCGAAUUAGCUUCCCACAUGCGUCAGUCAUUAAACUGUGGCGUUAUGACUAGCAAAUGUGCUGUGUGUGCUGUCAGUUAAACCUCUACAUUGUGUUACUGUCAAAUUUGAUUUUAAUCAGUGGAAGACGUAGACUAUGACUGUAAAAACUAGCAUGACACGCAUCGUCUGACUCUCAUAGAUAGGAUACAGAGCUUACUUUUUGUCCAUCUCUUUUUGGCAUUUACGUUAUUCUUUUCCCCCAAAAGGACAGAGCUAAAAAUUCCAGAAAAAAUCAUCCGGACAAAACUUAUUUUUCAGAGCCCAGUUAAACCAUCUUGUGUCCCAUUUUUGUUAUGUCCUUUUUCACCACUUCUCAUUUCUUCCAAUAUUUGUGGAGCAAAUAUACUCCAACUUUAAAAUCAUUCUGUUCUUCCUGCUUGAUUUGUCUGUGACUGAUAAAAAGUAAUCUGAUGUUAAUAGCAUUUUUCAUGGGGAAUGAAACAUGGCCCAGAGCUGCUGAUGGCCUUGUAUGUUCUCCUCUCUGGGACAGGCAAGAUUCUUCCCUAGUUCCAAAACGCAGGAUCUCAUGGCUUUAAUAAGGUGACGAGGAGCGUUAUCAGGAAAGGAAGCAAACCGCUAUCCAGCACGCAGCGCGUUUCACCAACUCCUGUCAGUAACAGCAAGUAUUACAAGGAAAAGAGAUGACGGAUGUAUACAGGGUCCAUCGCUCUUUCUGAGGCAAACCUCCCACCUAAGACUAUGAAAACUGUGACCUACGCAGAGAAAGUAAACAGAAGUACCAUUAAAAAUGUUUCCAAAAUUUAGUAUAAUAACCUAAAUUUGUAGAACUUGCCUGAAUGUGACAUGAUAUUUUUUUAAACUCUCUUCUCAUAUAUGUGUUACUUAAUGUGAAAAGACAAAUCCAUGCAGUACCUGAUCCUUGCACUGUACUAUUAGGAUUAAUUAUAAUGUUUCUUUGCAGACCUGCAGCUUAAAAUAUAUAGUUUUCCUACAAUUCAAACAGCAAAAUGAGGUAUCAAAGUAAAAUACAAUCAACAUAAUUUACUUUCAGACUUAUGACUUGUCAACAUGAAGAAAUAUAAAAGCAUUUUUUUUUAUAAUGGAGUUUAUGCUUUUAGGUCAUCUAAAUUUCAUGCAUCAGGAACUGAUAGGACAUAAAGUGUAUGGAUGUUAAUAACAAUAUUACAUUAUGGUUUAAUAGUUUAGAUCUGAUAUUUAAUAUCGGAAUUUCCUCCCCCCUAGUUUGUACUGUGUUUUUACUAAGAGGAUACCACAUCACAGUCAAAAGUGUGUUUCUUCACUGAUUAGAGUAUUUUAAAAAUUGUUACUUUUGCAGUAUAUGUUUUUACCAUAGCAAAGUAAUCUGUAAAACUCUUGCUCCCUAUAUAUUUCAAUAUACAGUGAUGCACAAUGUACAGCUAGCAGAUUAAUUCUUAAAGGACAAAUAUCUUUAAACAGUUUUACUCACACUAAUAAAGAACUGGACACACAAUGAAAUGAAUCUGAUAUACCUUUUCCCUGCAGUUUACAAUAUUGCUGGUGAUGUGUACAUCAAUUAGAGAAAAUUUCAGUUUGUCUAAUAAAAAGAAGUAUCAUUUUGGGAACUCCACAAGGUGCUUUAUGAAUUCAGGAGCAAGAAAAACGACACACUGCAUUCAACUAGAAAGUACUUGGAAGUUUGGCUGUGUCCUCUUAGAUAAGAGAAUUCUGGCCCAUCAGAAUCUGCCAUGGGUCUGGAGUUAAUUGGCCAUUCUCUAAAUGUGCUUGAAUGGCACGAAGAAUAAACAAGAGAAAGGAAAAGAUUUACGAUUUUGUAGAUAUUCCUCCCCACACAACAGCUUGUUCUUUGUCCCCAGGGAUAGAAGAGUUCUGUUUUCACUCGGUGAAGAACUGCACAAUGGGAGUGAAAUGCACCCAACUGCAGAACAAUGCAGCUCGCAAAAGAAAAUACAUCUUUUCAUCUCUGCUAAACACGGGAAGUGCUGGAUUGCUGUGCCCAUUACUAACUGAACUGAGGCUUUUAAAGAAAAUAUACAUUCAAGAGGCAGGAAGAGUAAGAGCAGUAGGAAGAGUAAGAGAAUGAACAUUAUUGCAAGUUGGGAAGCUAUUUUUUAACGAAAGCUCACUUCCUUAUUUGAUACUGGCACACUAAUUCCUGGAAAGGAAGCAGUUCUGCAUCGGGAUUCCUAAGAAGGUUUUAAGAAUUCUAACUCGCAGCCUUUUUUAAAGAACAACUAAUUUGAUUAAAGAUAGCUUGAAUAUUGAAGUACCUACAUAAAACGUGAAUCAAUUAAUGAUUAAGUUUUCUUUGCCGUGUAUACAGAAAACUGAGAUAUGUCUUUCAACAGUGAUAAUUAGGCUGAAAACAUCCUUGAAAUCUAAUCUUAAGUGGCUCAUUCAGUAAAGUUAUUCUAAGGGUACAUAGUUACUGAGAAAAGGAAAAUAAUAAACAUGUACUGUCUUACACAGACUGCUUAGUGAACUCUCUUGGGGAUUCCAAA